AUGACCAAGAAGAACAGCAACCUCGAGGCAGCGGUUCUUCAUAUACAGACCCAUCCUUCGGCGAAUAUGAGCAGGGUUGCGCGUGAGUACGGAGUAGCUCGUCAGACUCUGCGUUCACGCCUCGACCGAGCCAAGAAACCAGCAGGACCUGGGCAAACGGGCAACCAGAGGCUGUCACCGAGUGAAGAGAGGGACAUUUGCGAAUACAUUGAUCGAAUGUUUAGCUUGAAUCUCCCUGUACGCAUGGAAUUGGUCAUUUACGCUGCCAAUGAGAUACUCGAGCAAGGCUGUCCAUCCGAACACCCUCCACGCGUCGGUCAAACAUGGGUCUCGCGUUUCCUUAGGCGUCAUGGCUACUCCACAAACAGCCAAAAGGAAGUUGAACCAAAUCGACGAGAUACAGCCCCUGUAUGCCCUGUCAAAGUCAACAAUGUCCAGCAAAAUUAG